AUUACUUUUCUAGUAACAGCCUGCUGUCAUCUGCCUGUCACUUAAGCAACAAAACAACUCUUUUCACGGUCCACCACUCUGGUGCACACAACCAACAUGAACUUUCUCCUUAGACUUACUGUCCGUUUUAGCAUGUUCACCUCAUUUGUGUGCCCCAAUCUGGCCUCAACCAAGAACGGCUGCAUCAGAGUCAACAACUGCAAAUGUAUCAUGAAGGAUGGCACUGGGGUGAUAAACCUGCAAGCUAUGGGGGACGACGAUGGUUUCCUAGGACGGAUGAAGCCUCUUCUUGCAGAUGAAGGGCCAAUCAAUGUGGAAUACCUGCUGACCUUUAGCCCCUGCCAGCCUUUUUCACAACCGGAGGAUCUGACAGGAAGUGAUUGUACUAGUGUUGCUGCAUGCCUCGUUAUCAGGUAUCACAGGUUCAACAGAUACAUUCACCGCUAUAUCAGCUUUGGUGGACAUAACGGUAAUGAAUUUCAUUACAAUGACACCCUAAGGACACUUUCUGUCUCCUACUUUGGGCCCAAUGAACUCCCGCUGACAAUUGUGCAUUUUCACUGUAAUCCAAAUGAGUCCUCAUCCUUUAUUCGGGACCAGAAGCUGAGAGUAGAGGAGCUUCUGCAGAUCUGGGUGGAGAGUCCCUGUGCCUGUCCAAAUGCCUGUGCUAUCGGAGAUCUGGGUCUCGGCUCGAUCUUCCUUAUUAUCCUAUCUGUCAGCGCCACUGCUUACUUCUUACUUGGGUCCUGCGCUCUAAGACCAUUUCGAAGCAGCAGUGGUGUUCAAAUCUCUCCAGAACACAGUGUAUGGUGUAUGAUCUGCUACCUCUUCAGUGAGAAAAGGCCGGCAAGAAGACGAUAUACAGAUUUGACACAUUCUGAAGGAACAGUGAAAGAUUCGAUGGUGUCUUAGGUGUAAGUUACGAAGAACAUCAAUUUUUAUGUGUUUUUUUGUAAACGCAUAAACUCUGUUUGUAUAUUUAAAGUGUUUGCAAAAUUUGAUUCAAAACUUUUUCUAAUUGAAUUACUCGAGUUCAUCGAUUAAUCGUUGCAGCACUAAUUAAUUUAUACUGUAGUAUAUUAGUAUUAGUAUAAUAUAUAUAUUAUAGUAAAGGUGCACGCAUAAUAAGUGUUGGUACCCGGAAAAAUGGCAACUACAACAAUAAGCCUUCUGUGAAAUAUUGUGACAUCACAAGAGGUGAACAGCUGAGUGGAACACCAUGGCUGACUAUGCAACACUGCAAUCUGAUCAUAAACCUGUGGAGAUUUCUUGGACACAUCAGACUUUUUGAACGAAAUCUAUUUGAGCGAAGAUGAGGAGGAUGUUGUAAUUUAAAGGAUAUUUGGGGUUCAACCCGAGCCAUUAAAAUUGACAUACAACUCCGAAGAUGAGAAAACACAUCAACAUGACAAUCGAGAUGGAUGAAGAUGUGGAUGCUGCUCAUCACUGACAAGAUUUGGACUAUUGGUAGGUGAAAACAUUUUUCAUGUUGAUUAAAGACAAUGCAAAUGUAUUUGUACAGCACAAUUCAACACAAGGUAAUUAAAAGUGCUUUAAAUACCAAUAAAAUCUGCAAGACAAAAACAUCAUAGUAAAGAAAUAGAAAUAAAAGCAUAGGCGGUGACUUUUGGGGCAGGGGGGGCACAACAUGCUGAUGACCCCGAAACGCAGUGUCAGCAAUAAAAUUAAAUGGUAAGAAUAUUUAUAAUAAUAAGUUGACAAUGAGCGUUUUUGGUUUCCAAUCAUUCUUGAGCGGAAUUCUAAAUCAGGCUGCUUAGGCAAUGUUUUUCGCCAAGAUCGUCAUCCAUUGAAUAUGGUACGCUCACCGGUGUCGUGCCAAUGUAGUUACCCCAGUCAAAAAUUGUAUCCCCUGGGCGGAGCCAUAUGGAGGUAGAUUUGUGUCUUUAUUAUUCAAUCCCAAAAA